AUAAAGGGGUCGUAGUGAAGCUUAAGAGGACAACAACUUCUCUCAUUUGUUUCAAAGAUGGGGAAAAUGGCUUCUCUAUUUGCCACUCUUUUAGUAGUUUUAGUGUCACUUAGCUUAGCUUCUGAAAGCUCAGCAAAUUAUCAAUACUCAUCUCCACCACCACCUAAGAAACCAUACCUCUACAAGUCUCCUCCUCCACCAGUGCAUGUCUAUCCAUCACCACCCCACCACCCUGUAUAUAAGUCUCCACCACCACCUAAGGAGCCAUACCACCCUUCACCAACACCAUAUCAUCUUGCACCCGUUUAUAAAUCUCCACCACCACCAACUCCGGUUUACAAUUCACCACCACCACCCAAGAAGCCAUAUUAUCCUCCACACACCCCGGUUUACAAGUCGCCACCACCACCAACUCCCGUUUACAAGUCACCACCACCACCCAAGAAGCCAUACUAUCCUCCACACACCCCGGUUUACAAGUCGCCACCACCACCAACUCCGGUUUACAAGUCACCACCACCACCCAAGAAACCAUACUACCCUCCACACACCCCCGUUUACAAAUCUCCACCACCACCGACUCCAGUUUACAAGUCGCCACCACCACCCAAGAAGCCAUACUACCCUCCACACACCCCGGUUUAUAGGUCUCCACCACCACCAACUCCAGUUUAUAAGUCACCACCACCACCUAAGAAGCCAUACUACCCUCCGCACACCCCGGUUUACAAGUCGACACCACCACCAACUCCCGUUUACAAGUCACCACCACCACCCAAGAAGCCAUACCACCCAUCACCAACACCGUAUCAUCCUGCACCAGUUUACAAGUCUCCACCACCACCAACUCCAGUUUACAAGUCACCACCACCACCAAAGAAGCCAUACCACCCUUCACCAACUCCGUAUCAUCCUGCACCAGUUUACAAGUCCCCACCACCACCAACUCCAGUUUACAAGUCACCACCACCACCAAAGAAGCCAUACCACCCUUCACCAACACCGUAUCAUCCUGCACCAGUUUACAAAUCCCCACCACCGCCAGCUCCAGUUUACAAGUCACCACCACCACCAGUGAAGCCAUACCAUCCUUCACCAACACCAUACCAUCCUGCACCAGUUUAUAAGUCUCCACCACCACCAACUCCUGUUUACAAAUCACCUCCACCACCAACUCCAGUCUACAAGUCUCCACCACCACACCACCCCUAUCUUUACACUUCUCCUCCUCCUCCCUACCAUUACUAAGAAGUGACAUCACAAAGUUGAAGGAAAAGCAGAAUGUUGAGCUAAAAGAAAGGCUUUUUCCAAUUUCGAGAGGCAAUGAGAAAAGAACAAGAAGAAGAAAAGAAAAAAGAGAGUAAUUAAUAAGCCCCACAGGAGGCGAAGUUCUUUUGUAGCUUCAUGUUGUCUAAGUUAUUGAUUUUGUUUGUACCCUAUAUUUUAUUUCUCUGUCUUUGUGUAUGUUUUGUUCAGUUUCGAUCUCCUUGCAAAAUGCAGAGAUUAUGAGAUGAAUAAAGUAAGUUAUAUUAUUAUACUA